CAAUGUCUCUCUGUUUAGGGCAUCUUCUCCAGAUGAACCAAAAACCCCAAUUCGUUACCAUUGCUCUGUUUUUCAAAUCUGUGAACUCAUAAUAGAGCUUUUGAAGAAGUGCUUAAAGAUGAGCUUAGUUCUCAGAUUCAGGCAACAUUUAUCUCAAACCUCAUCCAGAUUAUCACUUCUUUCUCGAAUCGGCGGUUACCGGAGUUACACCCAACCGGCGAAGAUUGAAGAUGAAGAAGAAGAAGAAUUCGAUCAGAGAAAGCUCCCAACAGAUUACGAUCCAGCUACUUUUGAUCCAACAGAGCAUCGAAGUCCACCAACGGAUCGUGUAUUCAGACUCGUAGACGAGAUCUCAUCUCUAACAUUAUUAGAAAUCUCCGAGCUUGGUUCGAUUAUAAUGAAGAAGAAAGGUAUGACGGAGUUACCAACAGUCGCUGUUAUGAAACCUGGAGCUGGUGGUGGUGUUGGUGUUGGUGGUGGUGGUGGGAUGGUGAGUCAAAGUGGUGUGAGUGAAGAAGCUAAAGUGGAGAAGACAGUGUUUGAGAUAAAGUUGGAGUCUUUUGAAGCAUCUGCUAAGAUUAAGAUUAUUAAAGAGUUAAGGAGUUUUACUGAUUUGGGUUUGAAAGAAGCUAAAGCUUUGGUUGAGAAGACUCCUGCUAUUUUGAAAGCUGGUUUGUCUAAAGAAGAAGGUGAGAAGAUUCUUGAGAAGUUGAAAGCACUUGGUGCUAAAGUUGUGUUGGAGUGAUCAUCUAAAGGUUCGAUUUUUCUGCUUUUGUUCCGUGUAUGAGCUCAAGAUACAAAGCUGAUUAAGGUUUUAUAAAGGGUCAUAGUUGUUACACUUGCUCUUUCUUUCUCAUUGCUAAAUUGGUUUUGUUGAGAGAUGGAUCUUUGUUAGUUCAAGAAUGUAUCGCUGAAUAAUAGAAGUGUAGACUUUGUUUUAGUGUGUUGCUUUUGAUCUUGGCGCAGAACUUUGUUCAUUUCUAAUCAAAGCUUGUUGCUUUGGCUCCUUCAUAUCGGUUUUGUUGAUAUCAUGAUCUUUGAGUAGCAUUGCAUUAAGUAGAAACGAUUUGAUUCAGAAUUAUAGACAAUUGGUCAGGGUCAAAUGAUUCUAAGUUCUUAAUCUUGUAACCUCUUUCAAUGGGAUACUUCAAUCGUAAGAUGAAUCCGCGAUAUUCAGCUACGUUGUUUGUAGCUAUUUCCUAGACCUUGAUGCAGUUUACAAGUCUGAUUGGAUAUGGAUGCAGAAACUUCACUUCAUUACAAGUUUUCUUAACAUUGUAACGAUAACUUCAUACCACUCUUCUGUUCUUAGUUUUUAAUACUGCUCCUGUGUCAGCUAGACCUGGAUUUCCCUUUGAUGAACCACUAAACUUUAUAAAGCAUGUUUGCUUUCUGGUCUAGAGUCACC